AGCAGUGAGAGAGGGAAAGAAGCGACGACGCAGAGAGAAAUGGCUGAGGAGAGGAGCGGAGGGGAGGGUGAAGAAGGGAGGAGUUCGGCCUCCGCCACGAAUAAUUGGAGAAAGGAGGUCGACGUUAAACUGAAGCGGCUCCAAUCCCUCCUGUUCGGCGCCGAUCUCGCCCUGGAGCGGGGCGAUCACGCCGCCGCCGGAACCCUCGCUCUCCGCCUCAUCGGCUUCCUCGACUCACAGACGAGAAACCCCAUUGACGCUUCCUUCGUCAGUCCCAUCCGCGCCGAGGCUUCCUCCAAGCUCGCCGCCGCCUCCCGCGCCCUCGCUGUCGACUCGGAUCGACAGGCAUUUGAACAAGCAAGAAAAGAUGUUGGUUGUAUUUUUUUAAAAAAAGGAGAUGUUGACAUCGAGAGGAUUAAGGAGUCCAAGUAUUUCCGAACUUUCAUCAAUAAGUCCAAAGAAAAUGUUGCUGGAGAUUUGCAGAUCAACAACACAUCAUCAUGUAGCAAUUCUUCGGCUGUUAAAGGUUCUGAUAUCAAGGAAAACCAGAGGCUACUGGAUAAACAACAUGAAAAGUCAAGCAUCCAUACUGCAAAGCUUAUGACACAGACAAAAAUAACAUCAAUAUAUGGCAAUAAACCCUCAAAUCCAGAUAAUGCGACUUACAAGACAGUUCGGAAUUGCCAAAGUGACAUUCCUCAAGAGUGCACUGUUUUUGACAUUGAAAAGACAAGUAGCAAUAACUCUUUGAAAAACAAAGAUGGCCCUGUUUGUUUGCAAGGUGAAGAGAUAGAAAAACCACAUGGAAUGACUUCAAGAUCAAAGCACCGGCACUCAGAAUUUACAAGUCCAAUUUGUGAAAAUGCAAAGUCUCCUUCAAGUAAUGAAGAAGCUAGUCUAGAUAUUUCUCACCAUGGAUUUGUGACCGCAAGGACAAAAUUGGAAAUGGAUGCUAAGCAAAGACCUUGUUCAAUGGGCCAUGCAAAUGCCUCUGUGUCACCGCAAGUCAAUAAUAAUUCAUUUGGGAAUGUGAGAAACUAUGGCAUGAGGUAUGGCAAUGUUACCCGUCGUGGUGUUCGAGGUAACUUUGUCCCACCUAUCAGAUCCAGUGGAGGCAAUACAGGUAAUAUGAUUAGCCCAAGGAUUUCAGGGCAGUGUGAUGAUGCUCUGCAAGAUUCAACAAGAAAAUGUAUAGAAAUGUUGUGUGGUCCUGACGGUGAACUGCCUGAGAAGUUGAGGAACUUGGAACCUCGUCUUAUUGAACAUGUAAGUAAUGAGAUAAUGGAUAAAGACCCUAAUGUCCGGUGGGAUGACAUAGCUGGCUUGGAGCAUGCUAAGAAAUGUGUGACAGAGAUGGUAAUAUGGCCUCUUUUACGUCCUGACAUAUUUCAUGGUUGUCGUUCUCCAGGAAGAGGUCUACUGUUAUUUGGUCCUCCUGGAACAGGUAAAACAAUGAUUGGAAAAGCCAUUGCUGGAGAGGCAAAAGCAACUUUUUUCUAUAUAUCAGCAAGUUCGUUGACGAGCAAGUGGAUUGGUGAGGGGGAAAAGUUAGUCAGGGCACUUUUUGGAGUUGCCAGCUGUCGUCAGCCUGCUGUCAUAUUCGUGGAUGAAAUAGACUCCCUAUUGUCACAGCGAAAGUCUGAGGGUGAGCAUGAGUCAAGCAGGCGACUUAAAACACAAUUUUUGAUUGAAAUGGAAGGAUUUGACGGUGGAAAUGAUCAAAUUCUGCUAAUAGGAGCUACUAAUAGGCCGCAAGAGCUUGAUGAAGCUGCUCGCAGGCGACUAACUAAACGGUUAUAUAUACCUCUUCCAUCAUCAGAAGCAAGAGCCUGGAUUGUUCGUAAUCUUUUGGAGAAGGAUGGGCUCUUCAAGCUUUCAGAAGAAGACAUAAUUGCAAUCUGCAAAUUAACUGAAGGUUAUUCAGGAUCAGACAUGAAAAACCUUGUAAAAGAUGCAUCUAUGGGGCCACUUAGAGAAGCUCUAAGACAGGGCAUUGAGAUUACAAAACUUAGAAAAGAGGAUAUGCGGGCAGUUACCCGUCAGGAUUUUGAGUAUGCAAUGCAAGAAGUAAGACCUUCUGUUUCCUUGAAUGAAUUGAGUACCUAUGAGGAGUGGAACAGACAAUUUGGGAGCUUAUUGAUUUAGCCAUCUGAUUAACAACAUGCGCUGGGAACAAUAUUCCUGAUGUAGCUUCGGGCAUAUGCAAUACUGAUUGACUGUGUUCAAAGUUUCACUUUUUUGCCCAAGUCAAAACAUCAUGAUUGGAACAUCGGUUACUAGUGGUCAAGAGCAAAUUGGUUGGGUAAGUGUUGUAUGGCUCCAAGAAAGUCCUGCUGAUCACCAACUCUCUAGUUGUUCUCGUUGAUAAUUCCUGUUAAUCAUUGCAGAUGUUUUACCCUUAUCACUCCAAGAUUUGCAUCUGGUUUUAUCAUCUGGUAAUCUUUCCUUUUAGAGUUACUUGGAGCAAAUGAUUUGAAGUGAAUUGCUAAUGAAUGGACAACAUUAAGCAAAUGACACUUGGUUUCAUGAUUUGUAGCUUCUUUUUGAAGGGCAACUCUUUAAUUCCUAACUCAUUUGA